AUGGCUGAAUUUGGGGUGUCCAAGGUCACUCAUUUGAUUGAUCAUACGUCCAAAACUUGGAAGCAUGCUUUGGUGGAUUUUAUUUUUCACCCCGUCACUAUAUCUCAUAUUUUACAAAUUCCUUUGCCUUUGAAUGGUAGUGUUGAUACUCUAAUGUGGCCAGAAACUGUUGAUGGCAAUUAUUAUUCCAAAUUUGGUUAUAUUUUUGUUCGCAGGAAACUUCUUGGCGCUUGCUCGUCAACCUCUACACAGCCAUCGCUUCCAGCUCCUUUGUGGAAGAAGUUCUGGCGUACUAGUGCCCAGCCCCAUUGCAAGGAGGUGGUGUGGCGUGUGGUGUCAUCUUUACUUCCGGUCUGUGUCGCGCUUCGUCGGAUGGGCAUGGAUGUUGAUCCCUUGUGUCCUCUGUGUGCUAAUGAUGAGGAGACUGUGUUUCACUUGUUUGUGUCUCCUGUGGCCCAGAAUAUCUGGUUUGGCUCUCCCCUUUCCCUUCGUGUGCACGGUUUUAUCUCGAUGGAGGAUUUUUUGGCGGAUUUCUUCCAAGCAGCCGAUGAUGAUGCGCUCGCACUUUGGCAGGAUGGAGUGUACGCGCUAUGGGAGAUGCGCAACCGAGUUGUUUUCCGUGAUGGUGAGAUUCAUGUGCCAGUAGCGGUGGUGAUUCAGCGACGUUCCAUGCUAGCUGCUAUGCCGGUGACAGAGGUUACGAUGGUACCUAGACCAGCUCCGUUGUUGCAGGCAUCUUGGGCACGACCACCCCGUGGUAUCUACAAGCUGAAUUUUGAUGCAGUUGUGGCUACCACGGGAAUGGUGGGUUGUGGUUUGAUUGUGAGGAAUAUGAUGGGUGAGGUCCUUGCUUCUGCAGCACAAUACCUUCUCCAUGCAGCUUCACCUAUCCUUGGGGAGGCUUUGGCUUCCCCUGGUCUAUGCAACUGGCUCUUCAGAUGGGGCUUCGUCGGAUCUUUUGAUUAUGUUGACUUGUCUUUUGUUCGCCGUGGGGGCAAUUAUGAUGCUGAUUACUUAGCUGGUACCGCUUCCAAGUAUACUGAUAUAGUUAGGUUGGAAGAGGUCCCUAGUGAGGUGAUAACUUUGGUUCAUGCCAGCGUAAUGGCUUCUAUGCCUAUUUCUGAUUAA